UUAAUGUGUAUCUUUAUAAGUGCAACGUUCAGAGUGUUGGUGUGGUGAUGAGAAACAUAGUGGGGUACUGACGUUAUGUUGUAUGGCUACAGAUUUGAGAAUACCAGCAGGACUGUCCUCAGCAGCACUGAUGCCAUUACCAAAGAUUCCGACUGUGGAGCUAUGUCUAAGUGGCCUGAGUGACGCUGAUGUAAGUCAGGCGUGUGAAGUGGUCCAGGAGUUGCAGCCCGCAGGAGGGUACAGUGACAUCAAUUGCAAGCCUAGCUCUCUGACAGAGGUGGGCUGCCAAGACUUGAUCCACGGUCUGGUGAAGCACAGUGUCAGGUUAGGACGGAUAACAAUACUCACUAACGUGGUCAUUACCAACGACCAGAAGGACCAGUUGACCUCCCUGGCUGGGACAGCACUCAAAUGUUUCUUACUCUUGUAAGUACCUUUGUUACUCACUCUUGUAAGUACCUUUGUUACUUGUGUCAUCA